GUCUCUAUCCCAAAGACCUGGAGCAGUUUUUGAAGCCAUCGGAGCUGAAUCCAACGCCAGUGACGCUGCCGCCUCCUUUUCCGGGUUUGGCAAGGCGUGUGCUUGCCAUCGUCUUCAAGAAAUUCUGCCAGGCAAAGUCAGCCUCAGUCCCUGGCUUUCAUAUUCCCAUGAAGGUGAUCGUGAAUGUGUGCUACUGCGGUGCCAAGGCCAAAAAGACAGAACCGGUGGAGCGCCAUGAAACCGGCCACCGCUUAUCACUUGCUGUCAAGCCCUCUGAUACGGUCUUGCGCUUGAAGCAGCGCGUAAUGCUUGUGGAGCCAGUUUCCUUCCCGGAACAGGCAGGAGCUUAUGCAGACACCAAAAGUAUUCCAAAAGUGAAGGGGCAACUCUGGGUGGGCAUGGCGGGCACCCUUAGGCUUCAGGAGUUGGGCUUGAAGGAGGGUGAAGAGCUUCACUUCAACGUCACCGCGACGAUUGCUGUCUUUGUGCAGCAGCUGGUGGAUUUGCUCGAGGCGCAGGCACGCCCAGUACCGGCUACUGAACUUGGGAUGCUGUACAGCCACAAAUGCGGAGGGUCCGUGAAGCAUGCCCUCACAAUUCUGGGCUGCAGCGGAACCUUGACUGACUUCCUCGCCAACCAGAAACAGUUUUCCGUUCAAGAGUCUGGUUUGGUGUCCCUCGCCGUGCCUUGGCACAAGACAUCACAAGACCUCGACAAGGAGCUCCCAAGCCCUGUUGUUGAGACGCCUGUCACCGUCACCGCUGCAGUUGUUGUGAAGAGUACUUUGGGCAAUGUGGUGAGAGCCUCUGUGGACAUGAAGAUCAAAGACUGCCAGACAGUGCAGAGCUUCUAUGACCGCGUGGCAGCGGCAGAGCUCAUCCCAUUCCAGGCGUCCAAAGUCUCUCUCGAUGGACAAGUCCUUGAAGGGCAUCACCAGCUCAGCUCCUACAUCAAGCAAGGUGCAACUGUGGAAGUCUGUGUCAACAUCUCCAAGGAAUCCUUGCGGUCCUUGCGGCGCGAGUUUCUCAAGGACAACGUGGAACACUUCUGCAUGGACGCAGGAUGUGUGAUGCAAAAGCAGCCAUCCAACAAUACGACAGUCACAACAUUGGGUGGUGGCUUGAAUCAGACGUACCUGGACCCUCAGUCAGAGAUUGCAAGCGGCAAGUCCAUCCAGGACGCUGAAGCUUGCUUGGAGCUUGCGAUCAAGUCGGCCACGGCAGGCAUUAAGGCCUGGACUACUACACUGUCUGCCGGCAAGUUGAUCAAGAUGCGUGGGAAAUCGCACACGGCACGGGAGUUGAAGCGAUAUAUCGAAUUCUUUCACGGCUCAAGAGCUGAGAUCUUCAAUGUGAUGGAGUAUCAGGGGCGCGGGGGCGACGAAAAGUUCUUCGAGGACCUCAAUCGUUUUUUUGACACAUCAAACUCGAGUUGCGAUCCCUAUGACUUUGACCAGACAGGCUCCUCGCAGGGGACAGGUGGCUUUGCUAUCAUCUUGUCCAGCGACACAGUUGCAUCGACGCAGUCAAUGUGGAGUGCGCACACCAAGUGGCACCGCCGUUGGAUGGCUCAGAAGCUUGAAAGCGAGCUGAAGGCAGAGGUGUGCUUCAUCCAGAUCUCAGUUGAUGACCCCAAAGGCGACAAGUACUUGGCCGACUUGGCCGCUUUUCGUGGCAUGGAUUUGAAGGAAAGCCAGGAGCUGAUCAAUCACUACCAGGAUCACUAUGUGCCAAUCCAAAUGGAUGGCUCAGAAGACGGCACCCCUUUCAUACACAUGAUGAACUACACCAAGAAGAUGGUGGUGAACAAGAUGAUGCGAUCAUUUGUUGGAUCGUCCGUUUGCCAUUUCCUUUCCAACUUGCAUCCCUUUGAGCACAAGAUCUUUUUGGCUCGACACGGUGAGAGCGAGUUUAAUGUGGAAAUGCGAAUAGGUGGUGACUCUGGUCUCUCCCCAAGAGGGGAAGAAUUUGCACGCCGCGCUGCAGAGUUUGCAGCUUGGCUCAAGGUCUGUGGAGAGGCGAAUGACUUGGUUUGCGUCACGGUGACUGAAAAAGACGUGGUCAGUCUGCAUGAACAUUUGGUGCAGCUCUGCGGGUGCCUGGUGACCUGUGAUGACUGGAAAGGCUUCGGUGAUAGCAGUGGCGCAGAGGUGAACAGGUACAUGCGGCUCAAGCGUUUGCAGGUGGGUUGGGGCGCGGAUUUUGAAGAUGCCCCGAAGAACAUGGAUGACCUACGGCGUCGCUUGAAUGGAGCCAAGGUGGCAACUUUGGUGCUUGUUGAUGGGGACACAUCAAGUGCAGGGCAGGUGCCUGGCAGACUGUGGACGUCCUCCUUGCGAAGAACCAUUGACACUGCUAAGUUCAUUGAGCAUCCCGUCCUGACAGGCCCUGAUGGGAAGCCCUACUUUCAGAUGCGGGGGCAGCAAUUCAGGAAUAUGGAUGAAGUGUAUGCUGGCGAGUACGAUGGUCUUACUGAGGAGGACAUUAAACAGAAGGCACCCAAUGUUAUUGAGGACCGAAAGCGAGACAAGCUUGGAUUCAGAUAUCCUCGAGGUGAGUCUUACUACGAUGUGAUUGCAAGGCUAGAAUCUGUGAUGUCCCAUUUGGAGCGGAUACAGCAGCCUAUCCUGAUCAUCUCGCAUCAGGCAGUCCUGCGGAUGAUGUAUGGCUGGCUCAUGCACAUCAACAGAGAGGCUGCAAUUGAGACACAGGUUCCGCAGCAUAUGAUCGUGAAGAUCACUUUUGAUGGACUGGGAGGUCCUCCAGUGGAGAGGCGAUAUCCCCUUGGACCCAUGGAGAUGGCUGACGAUGGUCAAGCAAAUUUCUAAAGUUUGAGCCCCGCUGGUCGCAGCGAAGCUGCUGCCUACCAGAUGCCCUAAAACUGCCAAAGUAGCCUACCAGGUUCGCUUCAUGGCAUAGGAGAAAAUUCAC